GCUUCCACUGAACAUACUUUUUUGUACUACUGCUCGUUGCUGUGUUCGUCGGUUCAAAAUAAAUUUGAUAAAUUUUUUCUUAUAACAAAUAUGUGCUCAUAUCAAAAAAGCUUCGAAUUGCCUUGGAUUCUCAACAUUUGACAACAUCUGGAAUUUGUUUUUCAGGAUAAGCCCAAUAUAAUAUUGCAAGGAGGCAAAAAGAUUGCAUUUGCUUCGUAAUGUACACUUAGUAAGCAGCAUAUUAAUUCCGUUAAUUGUAAAUUUGUAAUAAAAGCCGAUAUGGAUAAGUUUGAUGAGUAUAGCAGCAUUCAUACCAUUAACGCCUCACUGCCAAAUACUGACAGAAACGGCCUCUAUCGACAUAAUUUUAGAGUUCUUAUUCGUGAAACAUUAUUAUCAAAUGAAUAUUUGGCAAUAGUGGGGAAUUGCAGUGCUAUUGGAAAUUGGAAAUUAGAAGGUUGCAAAAUUAUGUCCAAGGAGGAUGAGCACAAUGUGUGGUUUGCUAAUAUGGAUUUAAACAAUAAAUCUGUAGAAUAUCGUUAUUUUGUAUGUGCAAUUGAUCCAAUCAGUGAAAAACUAAUAGUGCGUCGAUGGGAGACACAUUUGGUACCGCGGUUACUUCAGUUACAACAAGAACAGAAAGAAACAUGCUUACAUAUUUUUGGUGUAAUUGACGAUGUAGAAAAAGUAGACCGCGGUUGGCUUACUACAGAAACGCUUGUUCAAUUGAAAUUCUUUAAUGCCCCAUUUACUUUUAAGCAACGUAUGAAACGCAGACUAUUAUAUGUUAAAGUAACUCCUAUGCAUUUGAAGAUUCCAAGUACUUCUGAUAACAAUCACUUAGCCGGGAGUUCACUUUUAUCUGUCGAAGAUUCUUUAUCCAAUGAUACACAUGAUACUAAGGAGAACGCUAAUGACGCUUAUAAAUCAUUCGGAUUCAAUGAAGUAACUAAUUUAAAUGCUGAUGAUAGUGAAAUUCAUUUACAACCUCAAUUUGGAACAGUCUGUGGAAGUACUGAUCUUGUUGUUUUUCACUUAACAGUUGGUGAUUUUGAAAGUACUGCUUAUUUGAUUGAUUUUUAUUCAUAUAGUUCGAAAGUGUCUCGAGAUGAGCCCCCGUUGCAUUUUGGGUAUCAAUAUGUUUUACCAAACUUAUUUAAAAGUUCUGAAGGGCGCUUAGAAGUACCAAUAACAUGCGCAUCUACACACCGUCCCUUGGGUAUGAUGCGAAUCGGGUACCUUAUAGUACAACCAGUUUCAUCUUUAGAUUUUGACAUGCGCGUUUCAUUUUCUCGUUAUUGGAAUGAUAAAUGGGCAGGUUUAGAUGUAGGUCACAGAGGACUUGGGUCUAGCUUCAAAGCAAACGAUUGUCUAAUACGUGAAAAUACGAUUGCUUCAUUAAAAAAUGCAGUUGAUCACGGUGCUGAUAUGGUUGAAUUCGAUGUUCAACUGAGUAAAGAUUUGGUACCAGUCGUAUACCAUGAUUUUAAAAUAUAUGUUUCGCUUAAAUCUAAACAUACAUUACAAGAAAACGGCUUUCUGGAAUUACCUGUACGUGAUCUUACAUUGGAUCAGCUUAAAAAUUUGAAGGUUUAUCAUACUGAAGAAGGGCGCUCAGGCGAAGUUCGCUGUUUUUUUAACGAUGAUUUACAAGAACAUCAACCAUUUCCGCAACUAUCUGACGUGUUAGAUGCAAUUGACUCACAUAUUGGAUUCAAUAUUGAAGUCAAGUGGUCUCAAAAGUUACAAGACGGCACUAUGGAAGAAGAAUUUGAACCUGUGGUUGAUCGCAAUUCAUACAUAGAUUGUAUUUUAGAUACUGUGUGGCGUAAAGGUGCUAAUAGACGCAUAAUCUUUUCUUGCUUUGAUCCAGAUAUUUGCACUAUGCUCAGGUUCAAACAAAAUCGGUAUCCUGUUAUGUUUCUUAGCCUUGGCAACACUACAAAAUAUAUCAAAUACAUGGACCCAAGGGGAAAUUCUUUUGAAACUGCUGUUUUUCAUUCAUUAGCCAUGGAGUUACUAGGAAUUGUUGCACAUACUGAAGACUUACUUAGAGACCCGACUCAAGUUAAUUUGACAAAGAAUCGAGGAUUAAUACUUUUUUGUUGGGGAGAUGAAAACAAUUCAAAAGACACAAUCAAACUCCUUAAACAGUUGGGCUUGCACGCCAUAAUAUACGAUAAAAUGGAUAUAUUAACUAGUAAAGAAGUCAAGCGAAGUGUGUUUCUAUUGGAAGCUAAGGAGAGUCAAAAAGAGCUUUUAAAAAUGCAAGCACUUGAAAUAGAUAAAAAAUGGCACUCUCCAACUGCAGGAUCUGCUUCCCUAAAUUCAGAUGUCGAUCAAAUUUAAUAUUAAAUGUUUUUUUUUUAUAAAAUGAAAUCCUAAAUAAUUUAUGGUUUUUUUACAUAAAAUUUAGAAUAAGUGUAUUAUAAUUUUUAAAAAUUUAGCUUACCCAUUGUUAUUGAUAUAUCUUACAAUUGAAUUAAUGUUGAAAUAA